AACGGGCUCAUUGAGCUGCUGCUAGCUGCGGGCGUGGGGGAGCGGCCGGACAGAGAGCGCGAGCCGGCCGGGGGUGGGGCCGCGCGCAGGGGCGACCGAGGCCAAGUGGCUGCAGCGGUGCGCCAGGCAGCCCGGCCCCGGCCCCGAGCCCGCGCGCACGGAGGCCACAGCAGCUCCUCGAGUCCCUCCCACCGCGCGCGCCCAUGGCGGUCGCGGGCCAGUUGUGCCUGCUCUACCUGUCUGCGGGGCUUCUGGCUCCGCUGGGCAGAGCCUUCAAUCUGGACACCCGCGAGGACAACGUGAUCCGGAAAUCGGGGGAUCCCGGGAGCCUCUUCGGCUUCUCGCUCGCCAUGCACUGGCAGUUGCACCCGGAGGACAAGCGCCUGUUGCUUGUGGGAGCACCUCGGGCAGAGGCACUUCCAAGGCAGAGGGCAAACAGAACAGGGGGUCUGUACAGCUGUGACAUCACCUCCCGGGGACCCUGCACACGGAUUGAAUUUGAUAAUGACGCUGAUCCUAUGUCAGAAAGCAAGGAAGACCAGUGGAUGGGUGUCACUGUCCAGAGUCAAGGUCCAGGGGGCAAAGUGGUGACGUGUGCGCAUCGAUACGAGAAACGGCAACACGUCAACACAAAGCAGGAGUCACGGGACAUCUUUGGAAGAUGUUACGUCCUGAGUCAGAAUCUCAGAAUUGAAGAUGAUAUGGAUGGAGGAGACUGGAGUUUCUGCGAUGGCCGAUUGAGAGGCCAUGAAAAAUUUGGCUCCUGCCAGCAAGGAGUAGCAGCUACUUUCACUAAAGACUUUCAUUACAUAGUUUUUGGAGCCCCAGGGACUUACAACUGGAAAGGGAUCGUUCGUGUAGAACAAAAGAAUAAUACUUUUUUUGACAUGAACAUCUUUGAAGAUGGGCCCUAUGAAGUUGGUGGAGAGACUGAUCAUGACGAAAGUCUCGUGCCCGUUCCUGCUAACAGUUAUUUAGGCUUUUCACUGGACUCAGGGAAGGGUAUCGUUUCUAAAGAUGACAUCACUUUUGUAUCUGGUGCUCCAAGAGCCAAUCACAGUGGGGCUGUAGUUUUGCUAAAAAGAGACAUGAAAUCGGCACAUCUUCUCCCUGAGUAUAUAUUUGAUGGAGAAGGCCUGGCUUCUUCGUUUGGCUAUGAUGUGGCGGUGGUGGACCUCAAUGCAGAUGGGUGGCAAGACAUCGUUAUCGGAGCUCCACAGUAUUUUGAUAGGGACGGUGAAGUCGGGGGUGCGGUAUACGUCUACAUUAACCAGCAAGGCAGGUGGAGGAACGUGAAGCCGAUUCGUCUAAAUGGGACCAAAGACUCGAUGUUUGGAAUCGCAGUGAAAAAUAUUGGAGAUAUUAAUCAAGAUGGCUAUCCAGAUAUUGCUGUUGGAGCUCCCUAUGAUGAUCUGGGGAAGGUUUUUAUCUAUCAUGGAUCCCCGACUGGGAUAGUUACCAAGCCAACACAGGUUCUUGAGGGUACAUCGCCUUACUUCGGCUAUUCAAUCGCUGGGAAUAUGGACCUGGAUAGGAAUUCCUACCCUGACAUUGCUGUGGGUUCCCUCUCUGACUCAGUAACUAUUUUCAGAUCCCGGCCAGUGAUUAACAUUCUGAAAACCGUCACAGUGACGCCUAGCAGAAUUGACCUCCGCCAGAAAUCUAUGUGUGGGUCACCUAGCGGGAUAUGCCUCAAGGUUAAAGCCUGUUUUGAAUAUACUGCGAAACCUUCCGGUUACAACCCUCCAAUAACAAUUUUGGGUGUUCUUGAAGCUGAAAAAGAAAGAAGAAAGUCAGGGUUGUCAUCAAGAGUUCAGUUUCGAAACCAAGGUUCUGAGCCAAAGUAUACUCAGGAGCUGACCCUGAACCGGCAGAAGCAGCGGGCAUGCAUGGAGGAGACCCUCUGGCUGCAGGAGAACAUCAGAGACAAGCUGCGCCCAAUCCCCAUCACAGCUUCCGUGGAGAUCCAGGAGCCCAGCUCUCGCAGGCGGGUGAAUUCGCUUCCCGAAGUUCUUCCCAUCCUGAAUUCAAAUGAAGCCAAAACAGUCCAGACAGAUGUCCACUUCUUAAAGGAAGGAUGUGGAGACGACAAUGUCUGUAACAGCAACCUUAAGCUAGAGUAUAAAUUUGGUACCCGAGAAGGAAAUCAAGACAAAUUCUCUUACCUUCCAAUUCAAAAAGGCAUCCCAGAAUUAGUCCUAAAAGAUCAGAAAGAUAUAGCUCUGGAAAUCACAGUAACCAACGGCCCUUCAGAUCCAAGGAAUCCCCGGAGAGAUGGAGAUGAUGCCCAUGAAGCCAAACUCAUUGCGACGUUUCCAGACACUCUGACAUAUUCCGCUUACAGAGAACUGAGGGCUUUCCCUGAGAAGCAGCUGAGCUGUGUCGCCAACCAGAAUGGCUCCCAAGCCGACUGUGAGCUUGGAAAUCCUUUCAAGAGAAAUUCCAGUGUCACUUUUUAUCUGAUUUUAAGUACAACCGAGGUCACCUUUGACACCACAGAUCUGGAUAUCAAUCUGAAGUUGGAAACAACAAGCAAUCAGGAUAAUUUGGCUCCAAUUACAGCGAAGGCAAAAGUGGUUAUUGAAUUGCUUUUAUCGGUCUCUGGAGUCGCUAAGCCUUCGCAGGUGUAUUUUGGAGGUACAGUUGUUGGUGAGCAAGCUAUGAAAUCUGAAGAUGAAGUAGGAAGUUUGAUAGAGUAUGAAUUCAGGGUGAUUAACUUAGGUAAACCUCUUAAAAACCUCGGCACGGCAACCUUGAAUAUACAGUGGCCCAAGGAAAUCAGCAAUGGCAAAUGGUUGCUUUAUUUGAUGAAAGUCGAAUCCAAAGGUUUGGAGCAGAUUGUUUGUGAGCCACACAAUGAAGUAAACUACCUGAAGCUGAAGGAGUCUCACAACUCAAGAAAGAAACGGGAACUUCCUGAAAAACAGAUAGAUGACAGCAGGAAAUUUUCUUUAUUUUCUGAAAGAAAAUACCAGACCCUUAAUUGCAGCGUCAACGUGAGGUGUGUGAACAUCAGGUGUCCCCUGCGAGGACUGGACAGCAAGGCCUCUCUUGUUUUGCGCUCCAGGCUAUGGAACAGUACAUUUCUAGAGGAAUAUUCCAAACUGAACUACUUGGACAUUCUCGUGAGGGCUUCCAUAGAUGUGACCGCUGCCGCUCAGAAUAUCAAGCUCCCCCACGCAGGCACUCAGGUUCGAGUGACGGUGUUUCCCUCAAAGACUGUAGCUCAGUAUUCAGGAAUAGCUUGGUGGAUCAUCCUCCUGGCUGUUCUUGCCGGGAUUUUGAUGCUGGCUCUAUUAGUGUUUUUACUGUGGAAGUGUGGUUUCUUCAAGAGAAAUAAGAAAGAUCAUUACGAUGCCACCUAUCACAAGGCUGAGAUCCAUACUCAGCCGUCUGAUAAAGAGAGGCUUACUUCCGAUGCAUAGUAUUGAUCUACUUUCGUAAUUGUGCGGAUUCUUUAAGCGCUCUAGGUACGAUGACAGCAUUCCCCGAUACCACGCCGUGCGGAUCCGGAAAGAAGAGCGCGAGAUCAAAGAUGAGAAACACACUGAUAACCUCGAAAAAAAACAGUGGAUCACGAAGUGGAAUGAAAAUGAAAGUUACUCAUAGAAAGUUACUUACAGGGAAGAAAGCCUCACACUACCCAAAGUCCUCCCCUUAUUUUUCCUAACUCAGAAAUCCAGGUGGCUUCAAAGCCUGCUCAGGCCCCCGUAUAUGAUUUCAGACUGACGACACCCAGUACGGACCUACAGUUUCAACUGUGGAUAUUGUUACACCUAAGGCUCCUGUUUUGCACAGCCAAAUUUAAGACUAGUAGAGUGGGUUUUUCUUUAACUGCCUUAAUUUAACUUUCUGGAUUGCCUUUGUUUUUGAUAUGGCUGACGUCCACACGCUGGGACAGGGCCUGCCCAUCUGCACUCCUGGGACAUUCUUUCCCACGAUCACCUGUGCUAAGAGAGUGACUAUCCCAGCCUGCUCCUACAAGCGUUCUUCUCAAAAGGUUGGAGAACCUGCAAGCUAAUUGUCCCUUGGCUCAAGACUCUGCCAAUGGAUAGCUGUGCCUCUGUUGAAAGUUGUCUUAAAUCAAAUGUGCAAUAGAAGGUGAGAUUACCCUUUGGCCUCUCUUAGAAGUGAGGACCCUUGCUGAUGCCAAAUGCACACAGGUUCCCAUCUCCCUUGACACGAAAGCACAGGUUCGACAGACUUGAAUGCUAGUUACAUUUGUUUGUAUAUGAUAUUUAUUUUUUCUUCAAGCCAUCUUGCUGUUGACUAAUAAGCCAAAGAUGCUUCAGGUUGGUUUAAGUGAUGAGAAUGAGAACAAACCUAGGAGGUCAUUUUUUGUUGUUGUUGUUCUGACCUUAAUUAUUUACUGCAAAAAGAAAAGUUCUUUAUAAACAUGCAAGGGUCGUUUUAAUAACUUAAACUCACCUGUGCAUGAUACCAUCUCCUUUCUGGCAGGCCCUCCCCCAACCCAGAAGGUUUGACAAAGGGGGUUAACUGUAGGACGUUUCAUCCUUCCCCGGCAUUGGGUGUGCAGUUUUGAGCCCUGUGUGGAACUUCUGAACUUCGUGCUGUAACUUUCAGAACUCUUAGAAAUGAGCGUGCUCACUGAACUGUAGGGUCGAUGCUGCCAACACUGUGUAUUUAGGACCUGAAGUGAGUACCAUGUGGAUCCAGACCAAUCCAGUGUGAGACUACUGAAGAGCAUCUGUUGCCAAAACGGCCACAGCAGACAGAUGGAGUGCCCCAGCACUUAGCUCCUCAAAUAUCAUCGGGACCGUUCAGCCAGCGAGUCCAUAUUUGCUUUUUUUCUAAUUGUUCACCGAAUCUAAAUUCCUCCAAAUGACUUGUGACUACUUUUAGCUCAUUGCUAAAGUGCUUGCCUAGCAUGACUGGGCCUGCCUUGGUUGGUUGGUUGGCUGGUUAUAAAAAUGGUAGCAGGGGGAAACAAUUAUUUAUAUAUAUUAUAUAUAUUCAACAGAGAUUGAAUAUAUUAUCAAAGCUUUUUUAAAAUUGUUCUUUAAAAUAAUUUAUAUGGUAACAAACAGGUGCUAAUUUGUUUGGCUACUGUAUAAGCAGUUCUCUAUCUUAUUUUAAGACUGGGUCUCAAGUAACCCAGGUUGGCCUUGAACUCCUUAGGUAGCUUGGGAUAGUUUUGAACUUAUGAUCCCCCUGCCUCCCUGCCCUAGGGCUAUGAUUGCAGGUAUGUGCAUGGGAGUGACCCCAAGCUUUGACCAUGCUAGGCCAGCACUCUGCAACUGAGCUAGAUCCCAGCCAUUUCUCCGUCUUUUAAAAGAACAAAACUUUGCUAAAUGUGCCAUCGUUGCUUUGAAUUUUAAUUCUUUUUUUUUCUUUCAUAAAUCAUUACAGCCUUAAGAUAUUAAAGACUUAUUCUGGUUCUACUUCUGCCUUUUCACUCAAAAACAUGGUUUUACAAAUGAUGCCUUGUUUACAGAAAGUUCUCUACCACAGGUCCUAGUAGUGUAUAAAGUCUCAGUUUCUUGCUUGGGUAUCUUAGAGCCUAGCACACUGGCUUUAAAGGACACAGCCAAGAAGCUGAUAUCUUGACAGUGUUUGUAGACCUUUGUUAUGAAAUUGAAUGUCCUAGAAAGGGUUGGGAGGGAGUUCAACAGCAAAGAAACAAGAAUGUCAUGUUGUUUAAAUUUAUAGUUGUCUAAAAUGUCAUCUCAAGUCAAGUCACUGGUCUGUUUGCAUUUGAUAGGUUUUUAUACUAACUAGCAUUGUAAAAUUAUUUCAUAAUUAGAAAAUACCUGUGGAUAUUUGUAUAAAAGUGUGAAAUAAAUUUUUUACGAAAGUGCUCAUUGCUUGUUAGCACAGCAUUGUGUAUGUGACAGCAAACUCUAAGAUUAUAAAUGAUGCCUUGAGUUGCCUUUCUUUGUAUUUCAUCAAGCCAAAGUAAAGCUUUCCAUAUUUG